UAGGAAGAAAAAGGAGGUGAUUGUUGGGGAGUUAGAGAGAGUGUUGCUGUAGCAAGGGAAUGAGAGCAAAGGAAAGAGGACACCAGAAAAAUACUGUAAGAUUUUAAGAUCGUAAGAUAAUAUUUCUUGGAAUACCGACAAAAUAGAAGUCAAGAACUGUUAAUGAAAUGGACUCCUCUGAUCUGAAACUCCAUUCAUAACUGUCAUAUAAAGCCUAUUUAAAAAUACAUGACUUUAAAUGUCUGCAAAUCGCUGUGCUGUUCAGACAACAUCGUCGUGAGGUUUGUGAUGUUCACACUAAAUGACACUUCGUAAAUGAUCCACAACAAGAGGUCGCACACUACACAAGAUCACAACAGCUUUGUCUUCCAAUGACUCUAUCCAGUUCCCAAACCAUGUUUUUUCACACAACACAUGAGUUGUUUAUUUGAAAAUGUAAAGAAAUUAGCACUGCAAGCUGUUUGCGUAAUGAUCUGGUCUGAAAACUUUUGCUCCAUUUCUUGUUUCCACACUUUUCUUAAAGACGUUGCUGCUGCUGCUUUUUCUUUCAGUGACCUCAACCCAUGCCAUGCUCUCUCAUUGGCUGUAGCUCGUCGCGACACCAGACUCUUUGAUGCAUCAAGUCAUGUUGGGGUGUGGACGUCCUGUCAUCCUUCUCGUCAUCCUCAAAUUUCUGGACCUCUCCUUUGUGUCAUCAUCCUCUUCAUCAUCUCAGAAUGCCACUCAACCCCGUUUCCUCCCUUCCGGAGGGAGCGAUUACUACAAUGUAUAUGAGGAUGUCACCACUGAGCCUCCCAGCUCAUCCUCUACUCACUCUGAACACCCAGAUCUCAAUCCGUGCAAUUAUGAUAUGUGUGUGGAGAAGCAGCACACCUGCCUGGAACUUGCAGAAGCGACAGGCUGCCUCUGCCCGGGGUUGAGCAAUGGUUUCACUCCCCCGAGUCCACCUCGCCUCUUGAAUCUGACUCAACAGGAUGGCAAAGGCGUUGUGGUGCACUGGUGUGCUCCUACCUCCAUUGUCACCCACUACAAUGUCUGGGUGAGAGGGAGUGGCAAAGUGAUGGAUAAGAAGGUAGAGGUGGAGGAGAGAAAGAGGGCAGCAGUAUUGGAGGAUGUUGAGGCUGGUGCGCACAUAUGUGUAGAAGCGGUGAAUAAAGGUGGCAUCAGUGCAGAGGAUGAUCAGUCCUGUGCCACAUUUGAACCCCAAAAUACAGACUCUGGACUUGCGCUGAAGCUGGGUAUUAUUGGGGGUGUGGUGGGACUCAUACUGCUGCUGAUUCUGGCUUUGCUGCUGUGGAGACACAAAUCACGGCAGAAAUCCACCACACGGACUGAGACUGAGGGAGUUCUGUAACAUCUGUGUGUGUAUGUGACCAAAAAAAUGCACUUUUACUUCAUGAAUGAUGGGAGUAAAUGAAUGACUGUGGACUGAUCGCUCGUUGUGAGUGUGCUGGAUAGAGGGAGUGUAUGAAUGACUCAAUGAACACGAACAGAAAGAGGGACGCACAGAAGGUGGACGAAUGACUCAGCACAUUCUUCUCAUUUGCUCGUCAGUGUCUACCAAUUUGAUUUAGGACAGAGACAAAUUGCAUACUGAUGGUGUGCUGACUCCAAUUAUGGGCACCAUUUCAAGCACACUUCCUGAUCACAAACCCGUUUUAAACUUGUGUAUGUCUGUUUCUUCCUCCUGUAUGUGUUUUCAAAGAAAAAGGCUGAAUCACAGUUUCUCACAUUUAGAUUUAGGCCUGGAUCGGAUCAAAUGAUUUGUACACAUUUUAGGUCAUUUUGAUAAGGAGUUUGCUAAGAAAAUCUUACAAAAUAAAAGAUUUUUGUAUUUUU